AUGAAGCUCUCCCUUUUCACGGCGCUCUCCAUGAGCAUGGCGACCAGCGCGGCCCUCCUCGCCGCCCGCAACGACAGCGCCGAGUGCGUCACCCCGCGCCCGAUCCCGGACCUCAAGGGCAGCGACUUCAGGAACUUCGGCGUGGUCCUGUUCCGCGCGCUCGACAUGCUCGACGUGUUCGGGCCCCUCGAGCCGCUGCAGCUCCUGGCGGUGGGGACGCAGCAGCUCAACCUACACUUCAUCGCCGAGACGCUCGACCCCAUCUCCACGCGGCCGGCGAGCAUGAACAACUUCAACUCGAGCUUCUUCCCCGAGAUCCCCGUCACCAACACCUUUGAUGACGACUUGGACCUGGAUGUGCUCAUCGUGCCCGGGGGUCUGGGCGUGCGCGCGCCGGGGCUGGAUGCUAUUGAGGAGUAUAUUAAGAAGGUGUAUCCCAAGGUCAAGCUGCUGAUUACGAUUUGUACGGGUGCGCGGCUGGCUGCGAGGUCCGGGGUGAUGGAUGGCCGGCUGGCGACGACGAACAAGAACUCGUGGGAUUCGACGACGGCGAAUGGGCCGGAUGUGAAGUGGGUGUCGCCGGCUCGGUAUAUCAGGGAUGGUGACAUUUGGUCUUCCUCUGGGGUGACCUCUGGACUGGACCUCAUCUUCAACUUUGUCAAGACGUACUGGGGCGAGGAGGAGCAUGAUCGGAUCGCGGGGAUGGUCGAGCAUGUGACCCGGGAGUGGGAUGAUGAUCCCUUCUCUGCCCACUACGGUAUUCCGAGGACGGAUGCCCAGCCGUGCUUGGAUUAG